AUGACCAACCCAUCUGAAAUCCCACUACCAACAACACCAACAACACCAACAACACCAACAACACCAAUCGACGAUGAACUCGAUCGAACUUAUCAUGCCAUCACCCAACUCAUCCAAACCACACUCAACUCACCACCACCCACCACUCCACGACUAUCGAUCGAAUUCCAACCGGACCACCUCCAACUAUGUCUAACACCAAACCACGAACAACAACAUCACUCAAUCAUCAUCUCAAUCGAUCAUACAACCACAUCAUCAUCACCAUCAUCACCAUCACCAUCACCAUCAUCAUCACCAUCAUCAUCAUCACCUUCAACCCAACAACAUCAUCAACAUCAACAAAAUCAACAACAACAACAACUAUGUCUCACUCCUACCUCUCACACCUCAUUCGACUUCAAAACAAUCCGACCAAACCGAACCAUGUCACUCUCAUCUCACUAUACAACUCAAUCCAAUCUCACUCAUUCUCAUCUACGUCAUCGAUCCAAUCGACCACCACUACUCACCAUCCAACCCAAUCUACACACUCUCACCAACAACCCCAACACCAUCUCAUCCGCACCCGCAAACUCAUCCAUCAUCAUCAACCCAAACAACAACAAAAUCACCAAAACUAAUAAUAAUCAAUCCAAAACUCAAUCCUCAUCAACCUCCCACUUCACUCGAUCACUACUCCCUUCAAAAUCUUCCAUCGGACGCACCUCAAAAUUCUCACUCGCUACUGUCAACACCAACGGACUCAUCCUCGUCCCAUCCAACGGAUCACGACGAAUCGCCGCACCGAUCACCAACCUCUCGAUGAUGCCACUCUACCUCGUCCAACCAUUCCUCUCACCCAACCCAUCCACCGCUACCACCCUCCCCUCUCAACCUAAUACACCCUUCAACCGACUCUCCAUUCAUCAUCAUCAUCAACCACCACCACUCGCAUUUGCCCGUCUAUUCCCCGAACGCUCAUCCUUCCCCAUCUCUCCCAUCCUACCCUCACCUCACCACCACAAACACCACCAUCGAUCCUCUAAUCUGAUCAACUUUAUUCACAAACUGCUACUCUUCUUAACUCAUCCACCUCUUCAUCUCCUCCGCUCAAUCAAAACACCCACGAAAAUCACAGGAUUCAGAAAUACCCAAGGAUUCCCAUCAUCGUUAUCAGGAGAGAAAGAGAUUGAAGAAAAGAAGAAGAAGAAGAAGAAGAAGAAAGAAGAAGAAGUAGGAAUAUUAUUAUUAUUAUUCAGAAGACUGAUGGAUACCUUCAACCGACGAAGAGAAGACCGAACCAAGCUCCUAACCCAAGCCGAAAAGACAGUCGUCCUUAGCGACCACUACUGUUGCUUUGCGAUCCCACUCUACAAUACUGGCAUCUACUCCAUCCUCGCUCAGUUUACCAUCUUCGGCUUCGUCUUCGGCAUCCUCUCCUUCUCCGCCCCCUCCAUCCUCGCUAUCGUCCUCGACUUCAGCUUCACUGCUUUCUUUGGAGUCUUGUGUUUGGCCGUCGGGUCGAUCCAGGCGCUUGGGUUUUAUGGAGUGUAUAAAGAAAAGCCGAUCAUCUUCAAGCGAUAUUUUAUGGGCAACGUCGGCCUGAUAGGGAUCACGUUCCUAUACAGCUUGAUUCUCCUGAUCAUCUCCUCCACCAAGCAUCAGACGGCCAUCGACCAAUGCUUGUUGCAGUUCGUCUCCAACGACGAGUUUGUCGACGGCCCGUCGAACUCCUCGAGACAGCUCUGCUCCGUCUGGACUUGGGCCCAGUUGGCCGUCUGUUUCUUCGUCUGGUUCUUGUUCUUCUUUUCGCAGUUAUACUUUUGUUACAUGGUGAAAGUUUGGGGACAAGAUCAACGCCUUGAUCAUAUCCGAUACCAAUCCCUAAUCUCGGCCGUCCGGCAAUCGAGAGCGACCUCGUCGAUGGUCCAACCGAGCCAUCUGGAAGGUGGGGAUGAAUGGGAGAGUCGCUCGACGGGCGGCUCCCUGGACAUCCGCUCCUCGACAUAUUCCGGACAUUCGAAUCGACGGGCUAAGGGGGGAGUGGCCAAUGGGGGCAGUCGGCUGAAGAACGAGAUCGAGUGGAAAGAGAUCCCUCACUCUAAUAAUCAGCCGGUUUCGUCUCCGUCUGCUCAUCAACAAGUCUCGUCGGACUCUUCCGAAUCCUCGGAAUCUGCUCGACGCAAACAACAGUAUAGGCAACGCACGCCUCGGCUGGAUGAUGAGGACGACGAUCCGAUCGACCCUCAUCUGGUCAGAUCCCCUCCCCCCGCCUCCUCCGGCUCUUCCACCCUCAUCACCCAUUCUAAUCAUCAUCGCCGCCAACUCUCUUCUUCCGCCGGACACCCCUCCUUCGUCGAUAGAGACCCUCGCGUCGACGGCCAUUGGAUCGAGGUCAUCGAUCAGUCUCUUCCGGAUCCCGCUCUUGCCUCCCACCCUCAACUUCCUCCAAAUCAUCAGAAAGCUUCCCUGGAUGAUCGUGAAUAUUAUAAGUCUUGAGAUUCGAUUGGGGUUUCUUUCUCUUUUUUUUUGGUCACAUGCUUUUCCUGUCAACUACUUACUAUUACUUACUACUAACUACUACCCUCUUAUGUUGUUGUUGUUGUUGUUAUUGUUGCUCUCUUCCUACUCGCCCUCUUUCCGCUCAUCAUCGGUCUUCCUUUUUUUUGUUAUUUAUCUUUUCUCCUCCUUUUUUCUUUGCUUAUUUAGUUUGAUUCUUUUUUUUUAUAUCUUGGUUUCUUUAUCAUUGUGGGUCUCCUCUUUCCUCUCUCUUCCUCAUGAUGAUGAUGAUGAUCAUCCUACGAUACAUAUCCUAUAUAUCCCACCUCUUCCUCCUUUUCUUUUCUUUGUGUCUACGUCCUCAGUUCUUCCCCCCUCCCCCCUAUCGUGUAUUCAGUUUUUUUUUACUGAAGUGAUGGUCUUCCUUUUGUCGGAUGUCAGUAGUGUUUUUCUUUUUUUAUCUACUCCCUUU